AUGAGCUCCUCUCCUUAUCGUGUUCUGAUCUUCGAUAUUGGGGAUGUUCUCUUCACUUGGUCCCCCUCUACCAAGACAGGGAUAUCUGGAAAGACCCUGAAAUCAAUCUUGUCAUCAGACAUUUGGUGUGAAUAUGAACAAGGUCGGCUUUCAGAAGCCGACUGCUAUGUGAAAGUGGGCGACGCCUAUAAUCUAGAGGCUUCCGAGGUCAAGGAGGCAUUCUCACAGGCUCGCGACUCCUUGAAGGUCGAUCAUACAAUUUUAUCUUUCUUACGCAAAAUUAAGGACAGCUCAGGAUCCAAGCGACGGAUCUAUGCGAUGUCAAAUAUUUCCAAGCCUGACUACGAAGUGCUGCGCACCAAAAUAGCCGACUGGGGUGUUUUUGACCAUAUAUUCGCUUCGGGGGAGGUAGGUAUGCGUAAGCCAGAUCUUUGUUUUUACAAGCAUGUUCUUCAGACUAUAGAUGUUCGACCAGAAGAAGUCAUCUUUGUUGAUGACAAGUUGGAGAAUGUAAUUUCUGCCAAGUCACUGGGAAUACGUGCGAUACAAUUCAAGGAUGUCAGAAGUCUUACCCGAACUUUGGGGAACUUAUUGGGCAAUCCAAUUUUGAGGGGAAAUAACUUCCUCUCAAGGAAUGCCAAGAAUAUGGACAGUACUACGGAUACUGGGGUUCGCAUCAAAGAUAAUUUUGCGCAAUUGCUGAUUUUGGAGGCAACGCAGAAUGAAGAAUUAGUUGCACUGGAGCAUCACAAAAGAAGAUGGAAGUUUUUCAUUGGCAAGCCUUUGUUGACGACACAAGAGUUCCCGUUCGAUCUUGAUACGACCUCGGCUGCAUUGAUUAUCCAAGAUCAUUCAAACGAGCAUAUAAACUUCAUGCUCGACGACAUGCUUGGCUUCAUGAGCAGUGAGGGGCUCAUAAUGACCUUUUACGACAAAUCACGACCACGCAUUGAUCCAGUGGUCUGCGUGAACGUACUCCGAGCAUUCUACAAGUACGGACGUGGGAAGGAUCUCCAGCGCACCCAGCAAUGGAUUCGACAGGUCCUCUACCACCGUGCAUAUUUGGACGGAACCCGAUAUUAUCCGACAGCAGAGGCCUUCCUCUAUUUCCUCGGGCGCUUUCUGGAGACAAUAUAUGGAAAGGAGUUUGAGUUAUACCGGGAUCUGAAAUCUUUGGCUGCAGAGCGCGUCCGUGAACGUAUCGGGGCCGAUGGGGAUCCCUUGUGCCUUGCCAUGCGAAUACUCGCCGGGAAAAUGGCAGGUGUUGAGAAUCCGACUGACUCAUCGACCCUGCGCUCGAUGCAAUGCGAGGACGGAGGCUGGGAUGCGAGCGUGGUCUACCGAUACGGAUCCUCGGGGCUCAACAUUGGAAAUCGCGGGUUGACUACGGCGCUAGCAAUCCAAGCGCUUGAGACAAGUGGAGAGAGGUAUGCGAAGAGACGGCUGGAGGCCACGGUUGUGCCCAACACUAAGAAGGCAAAGUUGGGUUCGGAUGAGGCGAGAUUGGAGUACUUCGUGCAUGCUAACGCACCUGAGAGCCAAGUGAAUUUGAUGUCUAGUGGCCUUGAAACGUAG